GAGCAGGAAUACAGCUGUGUGGUGAAGAUGCCCUCUGGUGAAUUUGCCCGAAUCUGCAGGGAUCUGUCACAGAUCGGUGAUGCUGUCAUGAUCUCUUGCGCCAAGGAUGGUGUGAAGUUUUCUGCUAGUGGAGAGCUGGGCACAGGCAACAUCAAGCUCUCACAGACCAGCAAUGUCGACAAGGAGGAUGAAGCGGUGACAAUUGAGAUGAAUGAGCCAGUGCAGCUUAUCUUUGCAUUGAACUACCUGAACUUUUUCACCAAGGCCACUCCUCUGACCAAGACGGUCACGCUCAGCAUGUCUGCAGACAUUCCACUAGUGGUUGAGUACAAGAUUGCAGACAUGGGACACAUCAAAUACUACUUGGCACCCAAGAUUGAUGAAGAAUCGUCCUAAAUCCAAGUACAAGACUGAAAUCUUCGGCAGAAUUUUGGUCUGCAUAUCAGAAAUUAUUUCAAUAGAUGUUUUGGGGAAAUGCAUUUUACUACUUUGUGUCUGCGGUGGUUUCCAGUUCAAUGGAUUCACAAUUCUGUAACCAUCUAAGCCAUUUCAUAUGAUUGGCAGAUAUAUGGGCACACUUAAACAGAUAGUAGUUUGAUAUUUGGCUUUACCAGGCGAUGUGGGCUGAAUCUAGAGUUGUUACAGACAGCAUGCACAGACUCCGGUUCAGUCUCGUUUUCUUGGUCUUUGUGCUCGUCUUCCUUCUUGACCCCACUUCAGGUUUUUGUCCAACUGCUCAUUCCAGUGUGUAGAUAAUUGUCUGUAAAUAUGCUAAUUGGACACUGUUCAUCCAGUCAACCAUUAAUAAAACAUUUUGUAA